AUGGAUCCUCAAAAGAACAACCCUGUAACCGAAGACAUUAAGACCAACGCCGAGAAAGUCAAGGAGCAUCUCAAGCACGUUGAAACUCAAGAGAAGCAGUACAUGCCAACGCAAGCAGACAUCGAGGCAGAGAAAAAGGCGGAGGAAGCAGAGAAAAGCUCCAACUAA